GUGUCCCCAGAUGUCCCCAGGUGUGUCCAGGUGUAUCUCAGGUGUCCCCAAACCCCUCCAGGUGUGUCUCAGGUGUGUCCUGCUCUAUCUCAGGUGUCCCCAGAUGUCCCCAGAUGUCCCCAGGUGUAUCUCAGGUGUGGUUUUGGUGUCCCCAGGUGUCCCCAAACCCCUCCAGGUGUCUCCAGGUGUAUCCUACUCUAUUCCAGGUGUAUCUCAAGUGUCCCCAGGUGUGUCCCAGGUGUCCCCAGGUGUGUCUGAAACUCCUCCAGGUGUGUCCUGCUCUAUCCCAGAUGUCCCCAGAUGUCCCCAGGUGUCCCCAGGUGUCCCCAGGUGUAUCUCAGGUGUGUCACCUGUCCCCAGGUGUGUCCAGAUGUAUCUCAGGUGUGGUUUUGGUGUCUCCAGGUGUCCCCAGGUGUAUCUCAGGUGUCCCCAAACCCCUCCAGGUGUGUCUCAGGCGUGUCCUGCUCUAUCUCAGGUGUCCCCAGAUGUCCCCAGGUGUAUCUCAGGUGUGGUUUUGGUGUCCCCAGGUGUCCCCAGGUGUAUCUCAGGUGUAUCUCAGGUGUGUCACCUGUCCCCAGGUGUCCCUCACCUUCAGCCAGCUUUGCCAUCAGCUGCAGCCUCCCCGCGGCCGUUCCCAGCUCGGGCUCCUCCCCGCAGGUGAGGGCG